AUGGCCUCUGCUCCAACCAUGGCCAACGCAACUACCUUCAACACUACCCCCAUGCAAACCCUCCUCAAUCCGUCCGACACUGCGCUCCUGGAGACCUUUAUCCCAGGGUACUCUAUGGCUUCGCGCAUUUUGUCGACCUACCUCCAAAUCGAUCUGUCCAGCUACAUCCCCUACCUAAUUUUCAUGGGCCUUAUUGCCGCAACAGCUCGCUACAUCUACAGCCAACUGUAUAAUCUUUUCCAGGAGCACUGCAUAUCCACUGCCGAGAUCAGACACGAUGAUGAAGUCUACAAUUACCUUAUGUACUGGCUCGCGCAGCAGCCGUUCACGAACCGCACGACGCAUUUCGUGGCGGGGACGAGGAUUUCGGGAUCUUCGUGGUGUUACGAACCUGAUAGUGAUAGUGAUGAGGAGGGAUUUGGCGGAGCGGACGAGAUCGACAACGAAGGAAAUGUUGUUACAGACUUCGAUGCUUACUGGGCGAAAGCUACGGCACGGGAUAAACUUAAGAAGUUGCGGUUCACACCGAGUGAAGGCACGCAUUAUUUCUGGUUCAACGGACGUCCGCUCGCCUUUAUUCGCGAGAAGCAAGAUGAUAAAUCUAGCGGCGGUGGCUACUACGGUUACGGUACCAAAGCCCCCGAGCGGCUUUACAUCAGUUGCAUAGGCCGGGACCCAGCUGUGCUCAAGGAACUUCUCCUCGAAGCGCAGCGGUACUAUGUCGCGAAGGACAAAAACAACACCGUCAUCUACAGGGGCCACAAAUCUGGCUCCUACACGGAGUGGUCGCGGUGUAUGGCGCGCGCCCCGCGAGCGCUGUCGACUGUUGUGCUAGACAAAGCGCAGAAGGACGCAUUCAUUGACGAUAUCAAGGAUUACUUGCACCCGCGAACAAGACGAUGGUAUAACAAUCGGGGGAUUCCAUAUCGGCGGGGCUAUCUGCUGCAUGGACCUCCCGGGACGGGGAAAACGAGUCUGUGUUUCGCGGCGGCGGGUCUGCUGGGCUUGGAACUCUACUUGCUGAAUCUGAGCUCAAAGAGUCUAGAUGAGGACGAACUUAUGGCGUUGUUUACGGACUUGCCGACACGGUGUAUUGUGCUGCUAGAGGAUGUGGAUUGUGCAGGCAUGUCGCAGAAGCGGACACCGGGGAGUUCUUCGAAUGAUGACAACGGCAACUCAGCUUCUCCUGAAUUGCAAGAACAGGGAGAAGGGAAUAGUUCCGGUACAACCACUGGCGGUACGGGGGUCUUUGAAAAACAGGGCGUCUCUCUUUCCGGCUUGUUGAAUGUCAUCGACGGUGUCGCAGCAUGCGAAGGCCGCAUACUUGUUAUGACAACCAACCACCCUGAGAAGCUCGACCCUGCGCUCGUCCGCCCAGGCCGGAUAGACUUGUCUAUUGCAUUUGGGCACUCCACAACCUCUGACAUUAAGGAGCUCUUCUCAGCUAUAUACUCUACAUUGGAGGGCGACCUGCGGGUUUCGCCUGCUGAGCGGUUGAGCCCUAAACUGCGUGCGAGGAUGGCGAAGCGAAGCUCAACCUCACAUUCCACAAACAGCACCAAUGCUAACGUCGUUAUCCACAAGGAAACUAGAAAGUUCUCUGAAGAGCAAAUCCGGCUAUGGGCGGCGGAAUUUGCAGAAAGAGUUCCUGCAGGCGAGUUCACCCCUGCGGAGAUCCAGGGGUAUCUGUUGAACCAUAAGACUGAUCCGGAGAGGGCGAUUGAGGAAGCGACGAGGUGGGUGGGAGAGGUGAAAGAGAAGAAGGCUAAAACUAAGGCUAAGAGUGCGAGUGCGAAUACGGCCAAGGUUGAUGGGGACCAGGAGGAAGACAAGCGGGAGGUGAAUGGGGUAAAGAACGAGGGAAAGACACAACUAACGAACGGGGAUGCACAAGCGCACACAAACAUGGACAAGCCCUGCCCUACAUCGAUUUGCAGGGAAACGACAAAUUGA